UAUAAUAUAUAAUAAUGUAAUGUGGUGUAUACACACACAUGUAUAUUUAUUUUUAUAUAUAUAGGUGUGAUGUUUAACACCUGAGAUGCUGUAUAUUGUUUAUGUUAUAUGAAGGUAAAUUAAUUUAAUAUGAUUACAUCUGGAGGUUAUGCUGUACAUCUUCUGGCAGGAGGAAUUGGUGGUACAGUAGGUGCUAUCAUAACAUGUCCACUUGAAGUUCUGAAAACACGACUACAAUCCUCAGUUGCCACGUUUCACCAUUCUUCGGUGUAUGUUCCGUCUCCGGUCUCCACACACUCCCUUGCGCCCCAAACUUUCGUUGGAUUACGUUCACCAGGUUACAAUGCAUUGGAACUGUCUCAGAAUAUACUAACAAACCGACCAAGAGUUUCAUUUGGAAUCUAUGUAUGUCUACGCCACAUAGUGGAAACAGAAGGUCUAAAAGGAUUAUUUAAAGGACUUGGCCCGAAUCUUGUUGGAGUUGCUCCUUCACGGGCUUUGUACUUUUUUGCAUAUGCUAAUAUGAAAAUGACCCUAAAUUCAGUAUUGGCACCUGAUACACCUCUGGUCCACAUUUUCUCUGCAUUAGCAGCUGUUUUUACUUCUUGGAGCAGUUGUGGUGCAUUUAAAAUUCUAACCAAAAAAGACAACAGUUUAAAGUGUCGUGACUGUAUUAAGAACAUUUACCAACAGAGUGGUGUUAGAGGUUUCUACAAAGGCAUCACUGCUUCCUACUUUGGAAUGACUGAAACCGUUAUUCAUUUUGUGAUAUAUGAAGCUCUCAAGAGCCGGUUCCUUGCCUACAAUAAUCAAAAGCAGAGUGGCAGCUACACUAACAAUGAACGGAAACCAUCAGAUUUCCUCUACUGCAUGCUUUCUGGUGCCAUUUCCAAGACUUGUGCUACAUGCAUUGCAUAUCCACAUGAAGUUGCACGGACAAGGUUACGUCAAGAAGGCCACAAAUACACCUCCUUUUUCCAGACGUUAUUCCUCGUUGCUCGCGAAGAAGGUUUCUUGGCUCUGUACCGUGGUCUUGGCACACAGUUCGUACGUCAGAUACCUAACACAGCAAUAGUGAUGUCCACAUACGAACUUGUUGUCUACAAGUUGUCUGACCGGUGAACUCUUCUUUAGCAAACUGUGAUUAAUUGGUCUUGUGAAACUUGGCGUUUUAGCAAUGCAGAGAGUGCCAGAACAGAGAAAACUACUGGUUCUUUUAUGAUGCUGCAGAAGACAUUUAAUUUUCUUGGGACCUUUUGUAAAAGAUUUUUUUUCUUGGCUGUACUAAACAAACAAACAACAAAAAAAAAACUGAAAUGGACUCCAGGCCAAAAGUCUCAAGUGCUUUAUAUGAAUUUUUUUAAGGAAAAAAAAAAAAACCAUCCGUAGCCAUGCAAAGCAUCUUGUGACCAACACAAUUGGUAACAUAGUUGUUAAUCAUUAAACUAUUUAACGUUUA